AUGAGUUUUUUCACGCGGCUGUUGCUUCUGAGUCUGGUCUUGGGCCGCGGCUGGGCCGACGGCACCGACACGUGCCACGACGAGCGCUACGACAAAUAUCCCAACCACGUCAUGUGCCUCGAGCCGAAAAGCUGCCCCGAAAAGGAACUCAUGGUCGCUGAGACCGAUCGGCAGGACCAACAGGCUGUGCUGCACGCUUUGAACACGUUUCGCUCGGUGAUUGCGUCAGGUCGCACCGCUGUUUACCACCCUGCCGCCAAUAUGCGCCAACUGACGUGGGAUGACGAGCUGGCAGCCGUGGCGCAGAGACUGGCCGAGCAGUGCUCACUAAAGGCCGAUUACAACAUUUCCAUUGAUCGAUUUCCCGUUGGCAAAGUAAUUGUUUCUGAAGAACAGUACCCGAUGAGCUGGGAAAUGGAGUCGCCGCCGCAUUUGAUGAAUUUGACCCAGCUCCUGUUUUCGCACGCCUUCGACUACAGCUACUUAAUCAAAGACAUCCCCCACUGGCGAUCCACCCCCACCGGAGACGACUUUUCACAAGUUUAA